GUCGAUAGCCAACACCACACCAUGGCGAAGUAUUUCAUGGAAUUAUGCUUACCAGAAUACGAUAUGGUCUCUCUUUUACCCUCAGAAAUUGCCAGUGCAUCUCUUUUACUAGCUGUUAAAAUUUGUAAUCAAUUCGAAUGGAACGCAACUUUACAACACUACAGUGGUUAUACAGAAGAAAAGCUAUAUCCAAUUGCUCGAAAAAUUGUUAAUAUAGUAUCUAAAUCAGCUACAUCCAAAUAUCAGGUUAAUACUACUAAAAAUUUCUUCCUGCACUUUAUCGCUUACAUCACAGCUUAA